AUGCCUAGAACAAACAAAGAGAAGCCGGUCACGGCGCAAGCGCCAUCCGCGACGUCUCCCAGGCUGACGACCUCAUUUAUCAAUGCCGACCCAAUUCUCGGAUACAAGAUUCGAGUUCUCAUUCAUGAUUUCCUCAGAGAAGCAAAAGACCCCGAAGCGCAACGACGAAUCGACUCAACGACCGAGGUCAACUACAUCAGCGGCCCUUACUUCGAUCAAGAACAAGCCAAACGAGUCAGGGAAGCUACUGUAGACGUGGAACUUCAGAUCAGCACAUCCGCAGCCACCCAAGACAACCACGAAGGCGACGAAAAUGAGGAACGGAAUUCCAGGGUCAGAAUAAGCGGGCUGACUGUGGAAGAGGCUAUCGAGACAGUAAUGAAUGGAUUCUUGGAUGAGCGUAGGGCCAUCCCAUCAGUUCUUGAGUCGGCUGAGAAGGAGCGGGGUUUGAGGCCCUUCCUUGUCUCGACGCUUUCGGAGACGGAGUUCUCGCCGAAGGUACCUUGGCUCUUGGGAAAUUCACUAGAUGUUGGCCCUCUCGACUAUGAGAUUGGUAUGACUGUUGCGGACUUCUGUGUCCACGAAGCAAGUUGGGCCAUGCAAUGCGCCCAACACGGCACAGAUCAGAGACAGGGGCGAUCAACGCACAGAGACAUGAUUGGUCUCACCACAGCCAAGGACAACAGCGCCCAGCCGUUGGAAGCGAAGCGUCAAAUCGCAGGCCGCCGAUUAGCUCGCGACUUCGGGAGUCUGCAGGAUCACGACCGGUCGGUUGCCUGGGUUGCGAUAUGUAGAAGACAGACUCUAUCGUCGGAUACAAAACCAUGGCAGCUGGGUCGCGGCCACUUCGCGAGUAUUUCUCUCCACUAUCUCGGAGGUUUUGCUACUUCGCUCGGAACACCUGCUAAGUACAUCGGAACGGCAGUCCAGAUGAGCGCCCCCGGAGGAGGUUCCUCGGAUAGAUCCGAUGCUGCCUCGCCUAUGAGCAUUGCCUCAGAUAUUAGCGAUGAAGGUGUUGAACUCGAGGUCGGUGACAGUAUUACCCUACAGAACAUGGGCGACGAUACCACGCGUUCAGAGCUGGAGGUGAGUGUAUCGAGUUUUCUGCUGCGGGACCAUGCUGACCUUGACACGGCCUACUUUGCCCCCAAUGACGAGGAUGAACUAGGUCGUUUGGAUUACAAUCACGAGCUGGUUCUGAAGUUCCUCAAGUACAACCUCUUUCUAGCCCCAAUUGACGUGAGGAAGAUGCAACGAGUACUUGAUAUCGGUACUGGUACGGGUAUUUGGGCGAUCGAGAUGGGCGACACUUUCCCCAACGCUCUGAUCAUCGGUAACGACUUGAGCCCCGUCCAGCCAAGACUGUUUGAGAUUGAUGAUGUUGAAAGCGAUUGGGUUCACGAAAAACAUUUCGACUUCAUCUUCAGCCGCUACAUGGCUGGAUCUCUCUCCGACUGGCCAACGUUUGUGAGUAGAGCAUAUGAAAAUCUUCGGCCAGGGGGAUGGGUUGAGUUGCAGGACUAUGAUUUUGAAUUCUCGUCACUUAACGGAAGUCUGCGGCCCCAUCAUAAGACACACCAGUGGGAUCAAGCUUUCCUAAAAGCAGCCAGGCUAUGUGGUAUUGAGCCAUGUCCUGGAUCUAAGCUGGAGGGCUGGGUGCAGGAUGCAGGAUUUAUCAACAUCGGGCAUAAGACAAUCACGGUGCCUCUUGGGCCGUGGGCUAAAGACGAGUACCACCAAGAAAUCGGCCUGGGCAACUUGAUACAGCUUCUAGACGGGCUCGAGGCAUUCACCUUGAGGCUAUUUUGUGGAGUUCUUGGCAAAACAGAGGAAGAGGUAUCGACACUGUUGUCCGAAGUUCGCCAAGAGCUGAGAUCGCAAGUUUUUCACGCCUUUGGCGAAUUUCAUGUAGUCUAUGGACAGAAGCCAGAUAAUAAGCUCCGACUAUGUAUGGCCGAGGAGGGAACUUGGCCAAUGAUAGCGAUGCAUGGCAUUGAAUCCAACAGCUCUGUUGUCAAAAAACAUCAUUGUGAGGCAGGGCCCCGGUUUGCUCGGCCUGCCUCGGUUGGCGCAGCCCUCUGUCAGCUUUCCGGUUCAAUCCACCUGACUGCAACCAACGGCCAACGGCCCGCUGCUGGAUCCGUUGGCAACGCUCUCAUUUGCUAUGCAUCCCGGAGAUAUGCAGGCAAAGCUGAUGAAUGGCACCCGAGAGCCUACAGGAUGCAGGGAAACCAACAGCGAGUACAAAGCUGGCUGGUUUUAUUCUUGAUUAGCCCAGAGUUUGAUAGAUUUGCGUUACUUGAACCGGACUCUCGGAACGAAGGCCCCCUCAAAUUCCAUGAUGACCGGAUCACCAAAUGCUCAGUCGCCGGUGCCCGCCUCGCCCCCGGCGGCAACGGCUACAUCUCCCGCCAAUUCAAAGACCGCAACUCACCCGCGGGCCAAGUUGCAGGCGAAGUUACAGAUGAUAUUGAAGUUGACGAAGGACUCAGUGUCAGCGAUGGAGCUUCAACGAUUGAUGAUCAGAUAUCAUCCUACACAGCUUCCUUAGGCUCCAGUGUGAUCGACUAUCCUGUAGAGCAUGGACGUCGUUAUCACGCUUUCCGAGGAGGAGCUUACUAUGCUCCAAACGAUGAGAAUGAGAUGGACCGUCUUGACUUCCUCUCGACCUUGAUCUUCAAAGCCAUUGGCAAGUUGUACUUAGCUCCAAUUGAGCAGAAGAAAACUCAUCGCAUCUUGGACAUUGGCACUGGGACUGGAAUCUGGGCUAUGGAGAUGGGAGACUUGUUCCCCAACGCUGAGAUUAUCGGGAACGACCUGAGCGCAAACCAACCAACUUGGGUACCAUCAAACGUUAAAUUCGAGGUCGACGAUGUCGAAAGCCCUUGGUUGCAUACAACCAAAUUUGACUACAUUUUCUGCCGGUCUAUGGCCGGUGCUAUCGCUGACUGGCACAAUCUUUAUAGCAAUACCAACGCCGGAGGCUGGGUCGAAUUCCAAGACUGGGAUCUCCUAUACCGCUCUGAUGAUGGCUCCAUCACCGAUAAGCACGAAAGUCUGAAGAUGAAUAAGACGUUCAUCAGCACAUGCAGGCAGAUUGGCCGUGAGCCCUGUCCGGGCCCCUUAUUCAAGGACUGGGUCACGGAGGCCGGCUUCACCAAUAUCACCCAUGAGACGUAUAAACUGCCAAUUGGUACUUGGCCCAAGGAUCCCCAUUAUAAGGAUCUCGGUCUUUGCAACCUCAUCCAGAUUUUGGAUGGUUUGGAAGCCUUCAAUUUGCGGCUACUUACUGGCGUACUUGGCUGGACGAAGGAGGAGGUCAUGGUGAUGCUAGCAGCUUGUCGAAAUGAGUUGAAGACAGGCGUCUUCCAUGCCCGCAUGGAUCACGUUGUUUAUGCUCAGAAACCAGAAGAGGAAGCUUAG